AUGCCCCCUAAGCCCAUAUCUAGGUCUGUGAAGAUAGGCCCACAUUGGGUAAAGGUGUUCUAUUAUGGACAGGCACCAGUUAAGAGACAACACUGUGACAAAAAGGAAGCAGAGGAAACUGCACCCAGUCCACAAUACAGUCCAACCACUGAACACUCAUUUAAGAUCAUAAGAGAGACCUAUGAAAAGUAUGUGGAAAAACCACCCUCUUCACCUGAGCAUGCUACAGAGUCAGCUGAACUGAAAACAGUGGACUCUGAGAUGGAGAACAUCACCUCACAUGCUACAGGGUCAGCCGAACCAGAAGCAGUUGACUCUGAAAUGGAGAACAUCACCUCUCAUACUACAGAGGAAAAAGGUGAUGAGUCUGGAGAUGUCAGUGCCGAAGACCUUACUGCAGCUACAAACACCGCAACCAAGAAGAAAAAUAAACACAAGAAAAAGAAAAAAGAAAUCAAGGAAGCAACUGAAAUAAAUGAAAACAUAUCCAUAAACUGUGUGAAAGAGAGAUCCAAAGAUACCAUCAAGAUGAACCGUGGACGGUCAAACUUACUUGGAAGAGUAACAAAUGUGGAUACAUCGUCAAUUAAAUCUUACUUCCAGACAGUAUCACUCCUGCAGACCAAGAGGCCUAGGGAAGUGACGUCACCAAGUUCAGAAUCUGUAACAAGCUCACCAGCGAAGAAGAAGGUGGACACAGUAGACACUGGCCACCAGGAGGCAGCUGAAGCACCAGGCACCAUUAGCAGCCCAGAAGGUGAAGGAGAAAAAGGAAUGGUUGGAGAGGGAGCCAGGAGAAAACCUGGAGGACUCUUCCCAUGA